AGUUGGGGCGAGUUAGUUCUAGCAGCCGGGUCCUCGAACCCAGCGGAGAGUUUGUGGACUGGGUCUCCUAACGUUCUCGCUGGCCAGCCACAGCCUGCCCGGAGUUGGACUACAUUUCCCAGAGCCACCGCGUCCCGAACGCGGCUUCAUUUCCGUUUGUUCGCGCGACUUGGGGACCUCGCGUGGGGAGAGGGCUGCGUCUGUGGAGGAGUUUGGCCUGGCUCCCGCAGGGCGGGCGAACCCGAAACCGGGCUGGGAUCCCGGGCACCAGGUCCUGGACCCUGAACUGCACCCUCUGUCGAGCGCCCAGAGGAAGAAAGAAUGGCUGUUAUACAAUCAGAAGCAAGCUCCAAGUACUGCCUUUUCCAGACUCUGUGCUUUUCUAAGAUAGGAAUCCAGAAGAUGAUCGAUCAUUUCUUGCAGCUGUAAAAACCAUGGCUCAGAGAUCAGUGAUGUUCAGGGAUGUUGCCAUUGACUUCUCUCAGGAAGAGUGGGAAUGCCUGGACUCUGCACAAAGGGAUUUGUAUAGAGAUGUGAUGUUGGAGAACUAUAGUAACUUGGUGUCACUAGGUGGUGCCCUCUGAAUCCUGGCCGAAGCAAAUGCAAAUUCUCUCUGGAGGAAAGUAAGAGGGCUUUUAGAAUUCUCACAAAUUAAUCAACAAAAGAUGAGCUCACAAAGAUCAUCAGACCCACGAGGAAACAGGUCACAGACUUGCCUUCAAGGGGUGCAAACAAGGACUUAACUCCAAAAGAGGACACUUAUGAAACAGAAUUAUCCCAAUGGGAAAUGAGUGACAGGCUUGAAAACUGUGAUCUUGAGGAGUCCAAUUCCAGAGAUUAUUUGGAAGUCAAAGGCACAUUGGAAAAGCAACAAGAAAAUCAGGAGGAAUAUUUCAGUCAAGGGAUGAUCAUAUAUGAAAAAAUGUCUAUUUUCAAUCAGCAUACUUAUUUAUCUCAACUUCCCAGGUGUCAUUCUACUGAGAAACCCUAUAAAUGUAAGGAAUGUGGGAAGGCUUUUAGACGAGCCUCACACCUAACUCAACAUCAGAGUAUUCAUACUGGUGAAAAACCCUAUGAAUGUAAGCAAUGUGGGAAGGCCUUUAGUCGUGAUUCACAACUCAGUCUUCAUCAGAGACUUCAUACUGGUGAGAAACCCUAUGCAUGCAAGGAAUGUGGGAAAGCCUUUACUCAGAGCUCACAACUUAUUUUACAUCAUAGGAUUCAUACUGGUGAAAAACCAUAUAAAUGUGAAGAAUGUGGGAAAGCCUUUAUUCGAAGCUCACAACUCACCCGACAUCAAAAAGUCCAUACUGGGGAGAAACCUUAUGAAUGUAAAGAAUGUGGGAAGGCCUUUACUCAGAACUCACAACUUACUCUGCACCAGAGACUUCAUACUGGUGAGAAACUCUAUGAAUGUAAAGAAUGUAGAAAGGUCUUUACGCAGCUCUCACAACUUAUUCUUCAUAAGAGAAUUCAUACCGGUGAAAAACCCUAUGAAUGUAAGGAAUGUGGCAAAGCUUUUAUUUGUGGCUCACAGCUUUCUCAACAUCAGAAAAUUCAUAAUGGGGAAAAGCCAUACGAAUGUCAGGAAUGUGGAAAGGCUUUUAUUCGCGGCUCAUUACUUAUGCAACAUCAGAGGAUUCAUACUGGUGAAAAACCCUAUAAAUGUGAAGAAUGUGGGAAGGCCUUUAUCCGUGGCUCACAACUUACUCAACACCAGAGAAUUCAUACCAAUGAGAAGCCCUAUGAAUGUAAGGAAUGUGGAAAGACCUUUAGUCAUGGCUCACAACUUACUCAACAUCAGAGAAUUCAUACUGGUGAGAAACCCUAUCAGUGUAAGGAAUGUGGAAAGGCCUUUAAUCGUGGCUCCCUCCUUACUCGACAUCAAAGGAUUCAUACUGGUGAAAAACCCUAUGAGUGUAAAGAAUGUGGAAAGACCUUUAGUCGUGGCUCAGAACUUACUCAACAUGAGAGAAUUCACACUGGUGAGAAACCCUAUGAGUGUAAGGAAUGUGGGAAGUCUUUUAUUCGUGGCUCACAGCUUACUCAACAUCAGAGAAUUCAUACUGGUGAGAAACCCUAUGAAUGUAAAGAAUGCAGAAUGGCCUUUACGCAGAGUUCACAUCUUUCUCAACAUCAGAGACUUCAUACUGGUGAGAAACCCUACAUAUGUAAUGAAUGUGGGAAGGCCUUUGCUCGUGGCUUACUACUUAUACAGCAUCAGAGAAUUCAUACAGGUGAGAAACCAUAUCAGUGUAAGGAAUGUGGGAAGGCCUUUAUUCGUGGUUCACAACUUACUCAACAUCAGCGAAUUCACACUGGAGAAAAACCCUAUGAAUGCAAGGAAUGUGGGAAGGCCUUUAGUCACGGUUCUCAACUUACUCUACAUCAGAGAAUCCAUACUGGUGAGAAACCCUAUGAAUGCAAAGAGUGUAGAAAAGCCUUUACUCAGAGCUCACAUCUUUCUCGACAUCAGAGAGUUCAUACUGGUGAGAAACCAUAUCAGUGUAAGGAAUGUGGGAAGGCCUUUACUCGUGGUUCACAACUAACUCAACAUCAAAGGGUUCAUAUCAGUGAGAAAUCUUUUGAAUAUAAGGAAUGUGAAAUAGACUUCAGUCAUGGCUCACAAGUUUAUAUAUGAAUUAUCUGAUGCUUGUGACUAAUAUAGAGAGCCUUCUCUGGUCAUUAAUUCAUUAUCAUCAAAGAAUUCUUAAAAUGUGAAUAUUCAAACACAUUUGCUUCAUAAAGUUCAGCAUCAGUGAAUUUGUAUGGGGGAAAGAUAAUGAUAAUGUAAUCCAUCUAGAAAAACCUACUAAACUUUAGCAAAUUAUAAUAGAGAAUAAUUCUGUUAAUGUAAAUAUAGGAAGACUUUUAGCCAUAGCAUAUGUCUUUUUCAACAUUAUCUUGACUCAGUUGAUUUCCUUUGUGACAUUUAACAUGAUAACUAACCACUGCUUUGGUUUAAUCAAUUAUCAGAUAGACCUAAGACUAAUUCCUUGUAAGAUUCUUGGAAGUAUUAUGUAAGUUAUUACAUAAUAAAGUUCUUAGGACAGUGCCUUCAACAUAGCAUAUCACAGAUAUAAGCUAUCAUUAUGACUCAUGUUAUUUUAGAGAAUUUGCAUGAGAGGAGGACAUUUAUUAGUAUAAUGAAUGUUGAGAAUCUUUCAUUAACAUUUAACCCUGAUUUUCUGAGUGGGGGGCACUGUAUGCUGUAAUGAAUAUGAGAAAACUUUCAUUCACAUCUCAUCCCAUAUGGUGUACGAGGAAAUUCAUAGUGUAAAAAAAAAACCCUGUACAUUUAAUCAGUGGAUUGUUGAAGAGGUGUGAAGUGAAUUGUAACAAAGUCCAAAAGCUCAUAUUUUCUACCAUCUCUGACCACAGUUCAAAAAUGUUACUUAGAAAUGAAAAAAAUUGGAUAGCCAAAAUAAAUCUUUAUACUAGGAAAUUUUUAAAAACUUGAAUGCACAGCUUUUGAAUUAAACUAAAAAACUGACAUUAUAGACUAUUUUGCAAUGAAAACUGAUAAGAAUCUGUGUCAGAGACUGCUAUUUCCCUACCCAAUAUUCAUUUUCCCUUCUUCAGCAAUAGAAUUCUUGGCUGAAAAGCUGUCUCAGCCUCCCUUGCAGAUCCACAAGAUGUAAGUGGUGUUUGUAUGAAUAGGACAUUUAAGAAAUCCUUAUUUCCUCUCUGCACUUUUUUGUUUCCCUGCCUACAAUGUGGAUAUUUAAUCUGCACCUCUGGCAAUUUUAUGGGGACUUUGAGAAUGGUAUCUGGGUAUUAAGGAUGUUGGAGCAGAAAUACAGAACAUGUCUACACCUAUGCUGAUUUUAUGAAACAGCCAUACAAAUUCGGGUCUGCUUGCCUUCUGUAUUUCUUUAUAUAAAAUUAAACUUCUUAUUUGUUGA